AUGGCGGCUGCACACUCGGCUGCGACCUGCCGGAACUCAGCGUGCAGGUCUUCUCUCUUGCGUGAGAGACGAACUAGAUACUCCUCCACGCGCAUCGUCUCCUCUCGUCGGUUUCAGUCGUUUUGUCUUCUUGCACUUCUCACACGCAACUUCAUGCAGCAGCCCGUUGCCAAGGCAUCCGAAGUCCAGUCAUGCAGUGGUAGUGCAACGCCCCUGUUCUUACGCCUUAGCAGCACAAACCAAGAGGUGAAAUUCAAGUGUGGCGCAGGCUUGCAACUGAGAGCAAAACCAGAAAACGAUGAAAUGCUUUGGGGAAAUGCCGCCUGCACAAAGGAAGUAGACGCGUCAUCUCUCAUCUUCACACCGCCUACCUCCAAAACGAAGUCGGAGUCAGGAUACAGUCUCAAAGUUAAAAGCGAUGCGUUGCUGAAGACUCCCUUCACAGUCUAUUUUUUGUGCGAUCCAACUUCUUCAUCCGGCGGUGAUAGUGGUUCUAAGCAGGUCACAGGUUCUGGGUCUUCUACCACCUGCUUGAUCCAGGUGUCUGUUUUCUCUCAAAAGCCGACGCCAGUUCCUGAUGCAAAUAAGUGCAAGGACGGACAGGUCGCUUUAGCAAUCACCUCUACCACGAAAUCGGUCACUUUCGGAUGUAACGAAAGUGCAACUCUUGAGCCCAGGUUUUUCGAGCAUGUGUUCAUUGAGGAACAAAGCCAGAGUAGUCGCGCAGCAGCCACCCUUGAAGUGAAGGAGGUUGUCUUGCAGGCGCUUGUCCCGAAUAGUAGUCUGGUCGAGAAUGCAGCUGGCACGACGGCAACAGCAGUUGGUUAUACAUUGUCUUGCCCAAAUUUGCCUUCGUCUGCCCAAACGUUCUUUUACAAAUGCGUUCCCCCAAAUCCACCGUCAGGCGGCAGCGGGCGCACGGGAACCCCAGAGGGAUGUAAAGUUCUCAUCAGCGUUGAAAAAAGACCAGAUUCGGACGCGACUGCGACGCCGGCACCUUCGGGUGGUGAACAAGGGGUCGUUCUGAGCAGCAGCUUUAUGAUUGUGUCCAUGUCGUUUGCGGCAAUGGUAGCAGGGAAUGGUUUCUCAGCCAUCUGCUGCUGA